UACAGCUUUUUAUCUGGGAAAUAAUAGAGAGAGAGAGAAAAAGGUUCUGGCCAGUGCCCAAGAAGUUACGUUAGUUUUGUGGCUUCUAGUUUGCUCAAAAUUACAAAUCAAAAGUCUUUAAAACCCCCAAAAGAGCCACUCCAAAUCCGCCAUUAGAUUCUCUCCAACAACAACUUGUAAAAUAAAAAGAAACACACAAAGAUCCAUUCUCAAACAAAAAUCAAAAUCUUUUCUUGUUCCCACCGAUCUGGAAAGUUCCCAGCUUUAUAAACAAAUGUCUCAGAAACAUCUGGAAUCAUCACGAAACUCAAUCGAAUCUUGCACCUUACAGCUCCUCUCAUGGCGUCCCUUCCACCGCUCCAAAGCCCUAGACUCAUCCGAACAGCCCCAGACAAAAACCCCUUACUCCUCCGUCUCCACCAAACGCCCUUGCUUCUCGGAUCGCUCCACCACUUCUUUCUCCAUCGAAGCCAUGAGCCGUCUCUCUCUCGCGGACGAAGACAACAACAAUAACGGAGGGAAGCUCUCAUCUUCGAAUUACAACAGUAAGGGGAGUUUCCGUUUAGUAGCGAGGAAGCGGCGGCGUCGGAAUUCGAGAUCGGUGUCUGGUCGGAGCAGUGAUCGGAGUGGGACUCUGAGAUGCUGCUCCAUCGGAGCUGCUCAUGGGACUUGCUCUGAUUUUCCGUUCGCUGUCGGUACGGAUUCGAGUGGUGAGCUGUUCAGCGAAGCGAAUUGGGCUUCUGAUGUGAGCGAGGCCCGGAGGUCGCGGAGGGAUUCUGGAGGAGAGAAGGAAGCCUCUGGGUUUGGGUUCCCCGUUGGUGUCGACCCGAUGGGGAACGAAUCUGGGUACGGGAGUGAGCCUGGGUAUAGAGGAGAUGUUGAGUUUGGUUAUGGUGAUGAGUAUGAUGAUGAAGAAGAAGAUGUGAGGCCGUUGUUUUGGGGAGAUUCAACAAUGGAGGUCUCUGGUGAUACGAAAUUCUCAGAUAGUAAACCUCAGUUCAGGUGCCGUCGGAGAAGACAGCAUGACUACAAAACUGUCGACUCCAUGAGAUAACACACUUUAACAUUUCUAUCCAAUCGAAGCCAAGUCGGACUUCCGGUUCUGGGGAAAACUUUUUUCGUCCACUUUGAAUUGUGAUUCACGGACAUUCACUUUAUAGUUGCCAAGAUAUGCCUUUUGGAGGAACUUUCCAUGUAUUUUACCAACGCCUAGAAAUUUAAGAGCUUCUUUUCUAACCAUUUUUUUUAUAUAUGUAUAGAAUGGAUCUGUAUUUUUUUUUACGUGCUCCUAAAAAAAUUGUGUUUAAUAUUUUGAAUUUUUAUAUCACAAGGC